GAUAAAGGAAUAGCUCUAAUGUUAUUGUUAUUGAAUUUUGCAGAUACUUCUUACCUAUGAUAUUGGCAUAUUAGUAUUGUAUGGAUGUUUAAUACUUUGUACACUUUCCAUGGCAGCCAAUGAUGAUUCUUUGAUUUUUCAACGAUGUGUACGAAGAUAAUUUUACUCAACUCAACUUUCAUGCAAUCUUUUUUCCCGUAAUAUUCAAACAAAUUAAAUAGAAUUCACAGGAAAUGGAACCAACCAGACUUAAAUUGGAUGAUAUACGGAUUAUUCCAUCGGAUGAUUAUCCACUUCACACGUUUCUACUCAAAAUUGGUGAUCAGCUUACAGAGGAAGACUUUCAAAAACUUAAAUUCUGCUGUGCAGGAGAGGGUGGUUUGACGAAAAAUGUUUUAGAAAAGAUAACAGAUUACAUGAGUCUUUUUACUCAUUUGAAAGAACGAAGGAUUCUGUCUAAAUACAACCUUGCAUCAUUACAAGCAAUGAUAUGGCAUUUGGGAAGGAAGGAUUUGUAUAAUGAUUUCCUGGAAUAUUGCAAUUCACAGGAUAAAACUCUUCAUUUCUUUGUUCCUUCGGAACAUCCAGUUAAUGGUUACAAGCAUGUGGAUUUUCAUAUCAGAGGAACUGAUCUAUUUAGUUCAGAUGACUUGGAAUCAUUGAAAGGAGCCAUGUCAGUUUUACUACGUUGUCCAAUGCAUCAUAUCAUUAUUGAUGGUAUAGAACCAACAGGCAGUAUUCAUAUUACUUUUAUGAUACCAGAAGUGUGCAUUGAAAUUCUCUUAAACUUAGGAGAGCAGGAGAAGAAAAGACUAUGUUUGCAUGGAGUAGAUAGAUUUAAAGUAGACGAACAACUUAUAGACUGCAAAGAUUUUAAAGAAAAUGAGGAAAAACCAACUCUUGAUAAAGAUGCAGCUGUUCAGAAAAUUCUACAACAAAACAGAGAUCUACAGAGGGAUGUUGAGAACUAUCAACUCGCUUUUGAACAAGAGAGGCAAAACACCAAAGAAUAUAUAUCCAAUAUGACAGAUGCCCUACUAGAGUUAAGGUAUGCAGUGGAAUUAUGUGAAGAAGAAAAAGAUGAAAUUACUCGAAAACUUCAGAAUAUUAUUGAUGAAUACGAUGAGAGAUGUUUUGAAUUAAACAAGGUCAUUGAAAAUGCGGAUAUUGUAACAACGGAAAAUUUCUGCAAAGAUGAUUUAAUGGACCUUAGAGACACCGUUGCAAAAUGUGAAAUUGAAAGAGAAGAAAUUAUUUGUAAACUUCAAAACAUUGUUGAUGAACGUAAUUGUGGAGAAACUAAAAACAGAAUUUCAGAAUAUGGGUGUACAGAAACGCUAUUGUAUUUAGGAGAAGAUGAUAAUUUACUAAGAUCUUUGUCUCGGCUUGAUAAGUUGGGAAUAGAUGAAUUGGAGGACGAAUCGUGUGAUAUUCAGUCGCAAAUUAUAGAAAUCUUACAAACUAGUCGCGCCUGUGAAAUAACAUCAGAUAUAGUGCAAAGCGUACAAACAGAGAGAAAAAAUCUAGAAAAACUAAAGGAAAAUAUCCAAAAUCUAGUGGAUGUUAAUGUUUUUGACAAGGUUUAUGCAGUUGUUCAACGGUUAAAGAAAAUCGAAGAUGUUAUUUUAGUAAAGAAAAGGCAUCGAAACACAUCUUCAACUUGUUCAUCAGACCUGGAAAUAUAAAAUGUACAUGCCAUAACAACAAACUGAGCAAUUGUGACUUGCUCCACCUUAACAAUUUUAUUUAAAGUAAUCAAAAUAAUUGUUUUACUGUUGAAUAUAAAGAUAUGUUAUGUUGGCGAAACUUUCUGUGAACAUUUGCAGUCAAAUAAUGGAUGGAAUAUGUUAAGGGCAUGAACUAUCAGAUAGUUAAAAUUCUCUUCAUAACACGUAUAAGAUAUAAGUCAAUUAUUCAGAACUAGAAAAACCUAAACUGGAAUGCGCCAUUAGACAUCAGAAGAAAAUAAGAUAUGUAUGAAACCAAAAAAGAUUUUUAACGAAAAUUGCCCAAAUAAAAAGUUCAAAUCUUCUAUUAGUUUUUAAAGUCGGCGACGCCCUAGACAAUUGCAAUCUUAGUUUAAUUUAAUUACAUUAUUCGAUUAACAGUGAAAUGACCAACUAAAUAUCACGUUUUUUAUGCAUGUCCAGGGAGGAAGCGGCCAACAUAAUGCGUGUAAGCCGAGGUUACAUAAUGAUUGCGUCGUUUAAAUCAUACAAAAAAAAGUAAAAUCACAAAAAUACUGAACUCAGAGGAAAAUCAAUACGGAAAGUCCAUAAUCACAUGGCAAAAUCAAAUAACAAAACGCAUAAAAAACGAAAAGACAAGAACUGUCAUAUUCCUGACUUGGUACAGGCAUUUUCAAAGAUAGAAAAUGGUGGAUUAAACCUGAUUCUAUAGCGCUUACCAUCUCUCUUUAAUAACAGUCUCGUCAAAUUCUCAUUCAAACAAAUGGUCUUCCUUGACACAAAUAUUGAAAACCAAUUAUAGCGUUCUUUUCUAAUGAUCUAUAGGAAAAAAAUCUCUCUGGUACUGUUUUCUACAGAAAAAAAAUACAUCUAUGUUGCUUCAAUAAUAAUCAUUUUUAUUCAUACCAUGCAUGUUGAUCAUAUACGAGUUUAAUUUUUAUCAUAUUGCAUUAACACUGACAGGUCGUUAUUAUUCAUCAUGAAUGAUAUCCCACUUAAUAGAAAUAUUUCAUAUGCCUAUUGAAAGAGGGAAAGCAUGACAAAAUAAAGAAUGAUAAAACAAAAUCUCUCUUUAUUUUUAAAGAUACAAAAAGAGAGAGGCGAAAGAUACCAGAGGGACAUUCAAACUCAAAGAUCGAAAAUAAACUAAGAACGCCUUGACUAAAAAAGAAAAAGACAAACAAACAAAUAAUAGCACACAAGACACAACAUUGAACCCUACAGAUUAAGCAACCGUUAAACUAAAAACUGGGGACGAUCUCAAGUACUCUGGGAGGGUAGCAGAUCAUGCUCCUCAUGUGACACCCGUUGUGUUACUCGUGCUAUUACAAACAAAGUAAUCUUGGAAUGGCGAAAACAUAUUUUCACUGUAAGCAAUGUUGGAUCUUAUUUAAAAUAAUAGUUUUUGUUAACUACUUGUCAUAAUUUUGAUAUUCCAACACAUGUUUUUGUAAUAAUUUUACUUGA